CGCUGCUGGAAGAAACAGGAAGUGUCAUUUGUUGUUCACAGGAAUGAAGAUUGCACUAUAGUCGGAGUAUGAAAAAGACAUCAGUUGGCAGCGAGAUAAAGAAGCAAGAGGAGAGCCGGUGCACUCAGAAGACCAUCUCAUUGCUGAGCCCCCUGGGGACGAUCCAAGUCAGUGGAUGUGAGAAUGGUGUGCACACCAUCCAGAUCCUAAUGGAUGUCGCACCUGCUGAAAGGUAUUUUGUGGCAGAUGGACAGGAAAGCCAAAGAACACCAACAAGCCAUGACGCUUUGCUACAGAGCAGGAACUGCAAGAGCACCAUAAAGGCCAAAACUUUGAUGUUGGAGAAAGAUUUAAAAAGGAGCAGCAAGGCCCCCCUGAGCUGCGUGGUCACCGAUAGCCCAGCAGAAACGAGCCCCGAGAUGCAGCGCUGCGUUGAAUGGCUCCAGGCGUACUUCACCGAGCCGCAGACCGCUGGGAGUCUCCCGCUCCCUGCCUUUCACCACCCCGCCCUGCAAGGAGAUGCCUUCACCAGCCGCGUGCUGCAAGUACUUCUGAGGGACGUGAAGUUUGGAGAGACGGUCUCGUAUAAACGCCUCGCCGAGAUGGCGGGAAACCCCAGAGCGGUGCGGGCGGUGGGAGGGGCCAUGAGGAGGAAUCCGAGCAUCACACUUCUCCCUGCCCGUCUGUGCCAGGUUCCUCUACUCAUUCCUUGUCACCGAGUCAUUUCCAGCUCUGGACAGAGUGGGCCGUACAUGAGCGGCAGGGGCGACCAUCUCAAACAAUGGCUGCUCACCCAUGAGAGGCAGAGAGGGGAAGGCUGAAGCAUGACAGAGCCCGACUGUCCUUCAUUCAGUGCGCACACACCCACACACACGCACAGGGUUGUUUUCUUCUUCUUCUUUUUUUUCAAACACAAAACAAGGCUAUAAAGUUAGGCAUCUUGGCACAAACUGUGGAACAACUGGAAUUACUUGGAAACACUCACCGUAGUUAUUUAUUUUUUCUUUUUUUUUUUAUCUAAGAAUAGAGAUGCUGCAUCGUUAAUGCGAUACAGAAUUGUUGCAGAAUUAGAUUGUUGCAAAAAUAACUUAAACAGAGAACAGUAGGAAUUACAAACAUAUGCUCCCGUGGGUCCUCAUUGCAUUUGCCAGAUAGUGCUGGAAUGGUUUUUCUAAAGCAUUAUUAUUCCCUUAAAAAUAUGUCUCUUGCAUUGUUGUUGUUGUUAUUUUUUUCUUCCUUAGCAGAAUUAGUCUUUGUACCUCUCGUUGGUUUUUUAAUUUCCUGCCAAGUGAAAGCUUUGUUCGACAUCCAGUGAUAAAGGCUCCGAAUUUUAUGGCUACAAAGCUUUGUAGUGAAGCAUUUGUUUUGUCUUCAUUUAGAUCUCAUUGUUUGCUCUCGCCUUAUAAUCCACCUAGAGUGGAGAGAUGUCUCAUGCGUUAUAUAUACUGUACUCUUCCUCCGUUUCGACAUGUUUAA